CCCUUGUCACUCGCCGGGUCGUGUGGGCGGUGGCCCGAGCAGCAUUUUCGGCAUCGGAAUCAACUUUUGCACCGAAAUUGUGCGCUGCAUUUGACGCCGUGUAGGUGACACAUUGCCAACAUGGAGACGGUUUCCAUGAGUAUGCCAAAUUACUCGUACGUUUUUAAGUUUGAGGAAGAUUUUGCUGAGAAGGAAAGGCGUCAGUGGAUGCACGAAAAUUGGUAUGUCUCCAUUUACUAUAUUGGUGCAUACAUGGUUUUCAUCGUGUUAGGCCAACACUACAUGCAGUCGCGUCCUCGGUUCGAACUUCGAAAUACUUUGGCAUUGUGGAAUUUCUUCCUCGCUGUGUUCAGCAUCAUCGGCACCAUGAGAACCGCUCCUGAGAUGAUAUUUGUCUUAAGACAUUUUGGACUGCAUCACUCCUGCUGUGUUGCUGGACCCAGUUUUGUACAGAACAACACUGUGUCUGCCUUCUGGAGCUACCUAUUCACCAUGUCAAAGGUUCCUGAGCUCGGUGACACGGUCUUCAUCGUGCUGAGGAAGCAGCCGCUGAUAUUCCUGCACUGGUAUCAUCACGUUACCGUACUUAUCUUCACCUGGUACAGCUACUCCGACUACAUCACCACGGCGCGCUGGUUCGUCAACAUGAACUACUUCGUCCACUCGAUGAUGUACAGCUACUACGCCUUCAAGGCGCUGCGGUACCGCGUGCCCAGGUGGAUCUCCGUCACCAUCACCACCUGCCAACUGGCUCAGAUGAUCGUCGGCUGCCUCAUCAACUUCUACGCCUACCACGUCAAGACCAGCGGCGGCGAGUGUGACGUCUCCUACCUCAACAUCAAUCUCUCGCUCGUCAUGUAUUUCAGCUACUUCGCACUGUUCGCGCACUUCUUCCACAAGGCCUACCUGGCCAAGAAGCCCGACCGCAGCGUCACCAACGGCGCCGUCAAGAAGGUCGAGUGAUGGCGGCGGCCGCUAGAUGACAUUGCGACAGUCGCUGGGCGCUUGGCAUCGAUGAUGGCUAUGGACGGACCGGCUUGUCCAACUUGCGGUCCCUGCCAGCGGCACCCGUGCUUUGGGUCGCCUGAGGCGUCUAUCCGUUGCACUUUAGACGAGCUGUUAGGUUUUCACGAGCGGGAUAACCAACGGGAGUCCGCUUCUUGUUUGGUUUUAACACCCAUUUGUGUUGCUUUCCCGAAAUUCGGGAGCGUUUUGCGCACUGCAGUGGUCCUUUGUGUGCUUUACUUCAGAUGUUGUAAGUGAUGUCAGGCAUAUUUUCCGUUCAUUGGUUGCGCUUAGACUGCUUCAACAGAUUUCAUGGGAAAGGUAUUCCACGUUUUGCAAUAUGGUAUAAUAUUCAUGUAUUUUUGACAACUUUCCGCACAAUCUUUCAAGAACAUCAAAAUUUCCGCAAACGGUUUCCGUCUAAAGUUUUCUUUUUUAAGGUUCGUUUCGAAGUCGGCAUCUUCAACACAGCAAGACUCAAGAUUAUAUUUGCAAACUGUACAGUAUUGGCAACCCACAGUAUUGAGCAGCCAGAAAUAAUAUGGUGGUUUCAAAUGUAUCCAAUGCCAUGAGGCCAGUAAGAUACAAAGAGGGUAGAUGGCUGUGCUAAUAUGGUUCAUUUGUUUCCACAAGCUGCAUCAUUUUCCACGUCAUACUCCAUGCCGCAUUGUCUUGACUCUGAGCUUCAAAGUUACAGAUACCGUGAGAUGGAUUUGAUGGGCGUGACGUCUGCAAACGUCACUGAUGGGCUGUUCUCUUGUUAGAUGUUUGGAAACAUGUAAGCUUUAACUUGUUUGCAUCUGUUGUUCCAAUCUUGAGGAUAUCUGUCAUUCCUUUCAGCGCAUUCCGUCAUAAGCAAACGUUCCGUUGUUAGGAUCUCCCUCGUUGUGAUCAUUUACUCAGACCGUAACUGCACGGCUAUCCCAAGAGCUCCGAUCAGCCCCAGCAGAAGGAGACUGCUUGUUAAGCCGGAAGCCCGCACCUGCCGGACGCAGGUUUCUCUCGCUGGGAAGUCACCAAACGCUGCGCUUCUCGUGGCGCUUCCACCGGAGCGGACCGACGCUCCGCCACCGUCGCGCCCGGCUCCACUCGUCGCGCACACUCCGCGGGCUCCGGGCGCGGAAUGACUCAGACGCACAUGGGCGGAGGCGCCGACUGGCGCCCGGGUUCCGCGCAGGCGGCGCGGGAGGGCGCGGCUGGCGCCCCCGCGGGACUCUUCUGUGUCGACCCGUUAGGAAGGGACGGCUCGUCGGCGUAUCCGCUGUUAGGCCUUAUCGCAUGCGGGUUAGGUGUUGCGGGCGCCGUCGGUCCUGAUUAGGCCUGUCUGUGAUGCACGCGGUUCGAACUGCCACGGCCCCUCCGACGCCCCGAUCUGUCGCGGUCCCCGUGUCGUGCACGAUCUUGCCGAACAACCCUCGUGUUGCCGCUCGUCCGCUUGCCACUUGGUGCUAGGUGUAGGAGCUACGCACUGUUAAUCAGUUCAUGUAAGGCCGCGCGGAAAUUGUCGGCGUCGACGUGUGCAUGGAAAUUCACGGAGACGCGCACUGCUCUGCCGGACGGAUGGGGCCGCGUGCCCUGGCGCAUGUCCGGGGAACGACAGCUUCUCGCUACGGGCAAUAGAUGGCGCUGGUCUCACCGCUGGCCCCUGCACAGGUGAUCUUGGUAGUGACGCGGGAUGCAUUGGCGUAUGGUGGUAGGACGAGGCUCGGCAGAUGGCGGAUUUUCACGCGGUGCGACCAGCAGAGCGUUCCUCCCAUGAUAGUUGCGAGUUGUAUCUCGGCGUCGGUCUGUCUCCCUUGUUGGGUGUGUGAACGAGUGUCGAGAGUGAGAGGCUGGCCCUGACUGCUAUGUCGGGAGUGUGGGAGUGAGUGAUGGCGGCUCUGGUUGCUGCGUCGGGAGCGUGCGAGUGAGUGGUGGGGAGUGUCGGAGCUCGCUGCGUAGCAAGGACUGCGAUGAUCGUGAAUAAAUUGUGUCUGCGGCCGCACGGUAACCAGUUU